CAUUGCUGUUGCCUCCUCCACGAGUGUCAGUGUCGCCGCCGCCGAAGGAAGAGGCGGAGGGGGCGGGGCGUGCAUGCUAAUGAGGCAGCCGGGCCUCUCUAUUGUGCAACCAGAGCUCUGAGGUGAAAAGCGCAGGCAGGAUGGAGGCGGGGAGUCGUCCUCGUCCUCCUGGCUGUGGGGCUCGAGCAGCGGCGUUGACGACGUCGGCAGGGAGCUUCGUGAGGCAGCGCUCGCUUUCUUCUCCUUCUUCCUCAGCGGCCGCCAUGGAACCUGGGCGGCGAGGCCUGUGAGGGAAGGCGCGACCAAAGGGAUAAUAGCAGCAGCGGCGGCGCCUCCUCAUCCUCCUCCUCUCCUCAGAGCCGCAGGAGGAAAAGGGAGAGGCGACGACGGCGGCGGCGGCGAGGGCCAUUUUAACCUGCCCAGCCAGAGCUGUGAUACUACUGCUACUGCUCUCACUGGGUUGCCUUGGGAGAUCCUGCACCCAACCCCUUCACCUUCCUGUAGCCAAUGAACUCAAUGAACCCAAUGAAACCAUCGCUCCCACCCACCCCACAUGGUGACGGUUCAUAUGCCUACGAGUCAGUUCCUUGGCAACAGAAUACCAAUCAGCCUGCAGGAUCUCUCUCAGUGGUGACCACGGUGUGGGGAGUCAGCAACACAUCCCAGAGUCAGGUUUUUGGAAACCCCAUGGGCCCUGGGGGAAACACCUCUGGCAAUCCCAUGAUGCCCAGCGUGGCCAGCAGUGGCUCUGGAAUGAGCUCGCCUCAAUUUAUGGGACAACAGCCUUUCCCUGAGGGCUCCACUGGCAAGGGCUACGUGCAGCCCGGGAUGUAUAGCCGCAACUCUUAUCCUGGAGGGCCAGGCUUCGCCACAAGUUAUGCAGGCAGUCCAAACGGCCCAGGGGGAAUGGGCAUUCCAUCACAUACUGGGAGGCCCACUCCAGAUUUCACCCAAGCUGCUGCUGCUGCUGCCGUAGCUGCCGCCGCCGCCACUGCCACCGCAACGGCCACCGCGACUGUUGCCGCCCUGCAAGAGAAGCAGAGCCAGGAACUGAGCCAGUAUGGAGCGAUGGGAGCGGGGCAGCCCUUCAACAACCAGUUCCUUCCUCAUUCGGGCCCCCGAGGACCAGCUGUGCCCCCUGGGAUGAAUCCUGCCAACAUGGGUAGCGUGAUGGGUGCUUCUGGGAUGUCUCCCAUGAGCAUGAAUGCUGCAAGGCCUCCCACCAUGAAUGCCAUCUAUGGAGGACAACGGAUGCCCCAGCAUGGAUACCCUGGCCCCCCACAAGGGCAACAGAUCCCCAGGCAAAGUGUCAAGAGGACCUACUCCAGUGAGGGUUAUCCAGGACAACAGUAUAUUCAGGGUGGCCAGUACCCUUCCCAAGCUGGUCAAUACGUCCCAAGCGCAUCUCAGCCAUCUGCUCCAUCCCCAUCAUAUGCCGGCCACAGGAUGCCCAUGCAGCAGGGAAUGAGCCAGUAUCUGUCAGCUUCGGGCACAAGUGGUCCAUACUAUAAGACUCCUGAUCAGUUCAAUGGUCAAACCGCCAAUUUCAAUGGGGGCAACUUCAACAGCUAUGGGCAGACAACGAUGAAUGGGCCUGGAAGAUCCAUGCCUGGUUACCCCAGCUCCCCGCUGCCUGGCAACCCCACUCCUCCGAUGACACCUGGCAGUAACAUCCCUCCCUAUAUGUCCCCAGGCCAGGAUGUGAAAUCACCAUUCCUUCCAGACAUCAAACCUAAUAUCAACUCUUUGCAUCCUUCUCCAUCUGGAAACCCUUGUGAUGAAUUGCGCUUGACCUUCCCCGUGCGGGAUGGGGUGGUAUUGGAGCCCUUUCGCCUCCAGCACAACUUGGCAGUCAGCAACCAUGUCUUCCAGCUCAGGGACUCUGUUUACAAGACUCUGAUGCUCAGGCCUGAUUUGGAACUGCAGUUUAAAUGCUACCACCAUGAGGACCGGCAAAUGAAUACUAACUGGCCAGCCUCAGUCCAGGUCAGUGUGAAUGCCACCCCUCUGACCAUUGAGCGGGGAGACAACAAGACAUCCCACAAACCCCUCUACCUGAAGCAAGUAUGUCAGCCCGGCAGGAACACCAUCCAGAUCACAGUCACCGCCUGCUGCUGUUCUCAUCUCUUUGUCCUGCAGCUGGUUCACAGGCCCUCUGUGCGGUCCGUUUUGCAGGGUUUGAUAAAAAAGCGGCUCCUACCCGCUGAGCACUGCAUCACCAAAAUAAAACGAAACUUCAGCAGUGGCACAAUUCCUGGAACUCCAGGUCCAAAUGGUGAGGAUGGGGUGGAGCAGACCGCCAUCAAGGUGUCUCUGAAAUGCCCUAUAACUUUUCGGAGAAUCCAGCUUCCUGCCAGGGGCCACGACUGCCGGCACAUACAGUGCUUUGACUUGGAGUCCUACCUCCAGCUGAACUGUGAAAGGGGGACAUGGCGGUGUCCUGUUUGCAAUAAAACAGCCUUGCUGGAGGGACUUGAAGUGGAUCAAUACAUGCUGGGGAUUCUAAUCUACAUUCAGAAUUCUGAAUAUGAAGAGAUCACCAUUGAUCCAACAUGCAGCUGGAAGCCUGUACCCAUCAAGCCCGACAUCCAUAUCAAAGAAGAGCAGGACGGACCGGUGCUAAAGCGCUGUCGCACCAUGAGCCCUACCCACAUGGUGAUGCCCAACGUCAUGGAGAUGAUUGCUGCCCUGGGACCUGGCCCUUCUCCCUUUGGACCCUUGCAGCCUCCACCUGCCAGCAGUGGCAAUAGUGACUAUACUGGCCAAAGUUCAAAUUUUUCAGGCCCUGGAACUUUCCCAGAUUCAUUCCCUACUGUGAAUCCUGGCACCCCGACAUUAAGUGAAUUCAACCAAGGACCUCCCCCAAUCUCAUACCAGUCCGACAUUCCUAGCACCAUGCUGACUCCUGAAAAGCCACCUGCUCCCUCCAUCACUGGACAGAUGCCUCCGUCAAAUAGGAUGGAACCUUCUUCACACAAUCCUGUGCAACAGGGGCUAAGCAACCUCAACCUUGGCAAUCAACCAGGGCAGCAGCAGCAGCAGCAGCUCCACCAUCGGAACCAACCCCCUCCCCAGUCACGGCAGCCUAUGGGACAGUCAGGUCCAGCAGGCCAGGCACAUGGAAGCCAGGACCUUGCCUUCAACCCAAGUACUGGGAUGGGAGUGCCAUCUGGGCCUGUGGAAGGGCCCGAGUCCUCCCUUGAUCUUCUUCCCGAGUUGACAAACCCAGAUGAGCUGCUGUCUUACCUAGGCCCCCCCGAUCUCCCCAAUAACAGCAAUGAUGACCUGCUUUCCUUGUUUGAGAACAACUGAAGCCACCCAUUGCAGAACACAGUCACCAAGCUCUGCACACCAUAUGCUCUCAACAACAUGUCACAUCUACACACACACAAACACAUAACCCCACCAUCUCCUAACAUCCCAGACACUCAUCCAGAGAGACACCUUGCCUCAUAUAAUGGCAAUGUCCAAUGAGUCCUGCCAGUGAGACAGAACUGUUUGAAGGCAGCCCAAGGAACUUUGGUGAUCAUGUCAUCAUCCCAUUUUGACCCAAAUGGCCUCCAGCCUACCAAAAGGCUCCCAUGGACCCUACGGCCGUUGGCUUUCGCCGCCUUGGAAAUUCCUUUCUAUGCAGGAAAUAGAAUGGUGGUGGUUCUGGAGAAGUAGUUGUGGGGAACAUAAUUCUUGAAGAAUUAAAUUUUUUAUUCAGUUGCUCAGACCAUGCCACAGUGCUCUCUCAGCCAUAAAGCAGCUGUAUUGUUUCUACUGAUCCCGCCCCAAAGACAUCCUGGAAACUCACAGUCAGGAAAGGAAGAUGUGGAGCCAAAUAGCUUCCGGUUAUUUUAAUAAAAUUAACGGCUUUCCCCCAUUUCCUCCUGCACAUUAGUCUGGAUCUUCAUAUUGGAGUGAGCAGCAACACUCUGAACAUGUCAAGCUACUGGAUUAAAGUGGCUGCUCUUGUUUUUUGUUUAUUUUUUUGUUUCUGGUGGUGUGUGUGUAUAUAUAUACACAUACACACACCAAUGUUUUUAAAAUCAGAAAGUUCCAAGUAAAGACAGAGGCUGACAGUAUCAGAAAGAAAUAUAUGGAGCUUGCUUGCUCUUGCAUGUCACUGGACCUGCAGGCUUAUGUCUGUCCAAACACCUUGUUUCAGAGAUGGACAUAGCAACUGCUCUCUUUUGGUUUUUGGUGGUUGGUUAUUUUUUUGUUGUUUGAUGGCUUCCAGCAUCAUGGAUGUGCCAGAACAAACCCAAAUCAGGAUCAGAAAACCUGUCCUUUUCAGGAUCAAGAAGCCCUCCCUCCUCCAAAGGUUUUUUUUCCUGUCAAAAGCCUUCCCAAGAGCUUGACCUGGAUAACUCCCCCAUCUCCAUUUCUGCCCUUUGGAUCUAUAGCAGUAAAGAAGUGCGUCUCUGGCAAAAGAACCACAGUUCCUUUGACACAACUUGACAUACUGUCUCCAUCAGUUGCUGGAUCCGUCUACAAGCACAACGUUGUAAAUAAUGUAGGAACACUAAAGAAAACAUAAGUGAAGGUGGGGAGGAAAAGGAGGGGAAGGGAAGAAAAAUAUAGCAAGCGCAUCACUCUGUUGUAGUCUCCAGGGCUUCAAAUCCUUGGGACAAAAGUCCUCUGUAUAAAUGUGCAUAUGCUUCUUAGAUUGUAAUAUAGACCAUUCCAUGUGGGGCUGUGAGCACCAUCCAGAGACCCGAUGCAUUUAGCCAUAGCCAGGGACUGUCCCUUGCAUUUUGACAUUUGUGUGUCCCACCAAAAUAGGAUCUGGAUGCUGAGAAUUAAUGCAUUUUAAUCCAAGCCCCAGAAAUUCAGUGCAACAAGUCAGUCCAAACCACUGUGUGUGUGUUGACCUGCCAUUCCCUCCCAAUCCCUCUCAGGAACCUACUUCAGUUGAGGUUAGGUUUGAGAUGAUAACAAAGAAAUCCCAAAGUCUGUGAAGAAUCAGACCCACUGCUCAUGGCCAGGUUUCCUGAGGCAGGGAGUCCCUGUGUCCAAGUGCUGACAGCUCUGUUGAGUUUUGUGUAUCUUGUUUCAUUAUUAUAUUAAAGGAUUCUUUUUGGUGGGCCUCACCAAAUAGCUUG